AUGCAUGGUAAUAGCGAUGUCUUAGAAGUUCUAAUUUCCAAUGGAGCAAUCAUUAAUGAACUAGACGAAAAUAAAAAUACAACACUUCAUUGUGCAGUAGAAAAUGACAAUAAAGAAACAGCAGAAUUUCUAAUUUUGCAUGGCAUUGAUAUCAAUGCAAAGAAUAAAAGUGGGAAAAAUGCUCUUCAUUGUACAGCAGAUUACAAUAGCAAAGAAGUUGCAAAGGUACUUGUUAAAUAUGGCCUGGAUAUCAAUUCAAAGUCUAAUAUCUAUUGGAAAACUGCUCUUCAUUAUGCAGCAGAAAUGAAUUGUAAAGAAAUUGCAGAAAUUCUUAUAUCGCUUGGUGCAGAUAUUAAUUCAAGAUGUAAUUUUGAAGGAGCCCCUCUUCAUAUUGCAGCAAUGUAUAAUAGCCCAGAAGUUGCCGAAGUUCUUAUUAUGCACAGUUCAGAUUUAUCUGCAAAAGAUAAAUUUGGAAGGACUCCUCUUCAUUUAGCAGCUUGGAAGAAUAAUAAAAAUAUGGUUGAAUUUCUGAUUUCACGUAGUGCUAAUAUCAACGAAAUUGAUAAUAAUGAAUGUACAUCGCUUCAUAUGGCAGCAGAAUAUAAUAGCAAAGAAGCAGCAAUGGCGCUUAUCUCACAUGGAGCUGAUAUCAACAGAAAAGAUAAAUUCAAUCAAACAGCAUUUCAAAUUGCAGAGUCUAAAAACCAUCAAGAAAUUUGUCAACUAUUUAAUUCACAAUCUUCAACUUAA